AGUGCCCCCGGGCCGGAGGGAAGGGGCCGGGCACACGCGCCCCGCGGGGACACUCAGCGACAGCGGGGGUGGGGGCCGGCUGACCCCGGAGGCGAGGCAGGGCGGGUUCAUGUGUUGGCCCCGGGCUUAGUGGAGUCGGACCCGGGGCUUUUCUGUCUUUCUCUCUGGUUGUCGGUCGGGGCGGUGAGGGGCUGAAAGAUGGAGACUGUCAGUCGAAGCAGCUUCCAGCCGCAUCCCGGGCUGCAGAAGACCUUGGAACAGUUUCAUCUGAGCUCCAUGAGCUCGCUGGGUGGCCCGGCCGCCUUCUCCGCCCGCUGGGCGCAGGAGAUGUACAAGAAGGACAAUGGCAAAGAGCCGGCGGAGCCCGUCCUCCACCUGCCCCCCAUCCAGCCCCCGCCCGUCAUGCCGGGCCCCUUCUUCAUGCCGUCGGACCGCUCCACGGAGCGGUGCGAGACCAUCCUGGAAGGGGAGACCAUCUCCUGCUUCGUGGUGGGUGGGGAGAAGCGGCUCUGCCUGCCCCAGAUCCUGAACUCCGUGCUCAGGGACUUCUCCCUGCAGCAGAUCAACUCGGUGUGCGACGAGCUGCACAUCUACUGCUCCAGGUGCACGGCCGACCAGCUGGAGAUCCUGAAAGUCAUGGGCAUCCUGCCCUUCUCGGCCCCCUCCUGCGGGCUCAUCACCAAGACGGACGCCGAGAGGCUCUGCAAUGCCUUGCUCUACGGGGGCACCUACCCGCCCCACUGCAAGAAGGAGUUUUCCAGCACCAUCGAGCUGGAGCUCACCGAGAAGAGCUUCAAGGUGUACCACGAGUGCUUUGGGAAGUGCAAGGGACUCCUCGUGCCAGAGCUGUACACCAACCCCAGCGCUGCCUGCAUCCAGUGCUUGGACUGCAGGCUCAUGUACCCGCCUCACAAAUUUGUGGUCCACUCGCAUAAAUCCUUGGAGAACAGGACUUGCCACUGGGGCUUUGACUCGGCGAACUGGAGGUCCUAUAUCCUCCUCAGCCAGGAUUACACCGGGAAAGAGGAGAAAGCAAGGCUGGGCCAGCUCUUGGAUGAAAUGAAGGAGAAAUUUGACUACAGCAACAAAUACAAGAGAAAAGCACCCAGGAUCCCUUCAGAUCCUCCUGCUUCCAAAAAGCCCAAAACUGAUGACUCUGCUUCCCAGUCUCCAACUUCUGCCGAGAAGGAAAAGCAGUCCAGUUGGUUACGAUCCUUGUCUGGUUCAUCCAAUAAGAGUAUUGGUUGUGUCCAUCCCCGUCAACGCCUCUCUGCUUUCCGGCCUUGGUCCCCUGCUGUUUCAGCAAACGAGAAAGAUCUCUCAACACAUCUUCCCAUACUGAUCCGAGACAGUUUUUACUCCUACAAAAGUUUCGAGAAUGCUGUGGCCCCCAACGUGGCUCUUGCCCCUCCUGCUCAGCAGAAGAUUAUAAGCAAUUCCCCAUGUGCCACAGUGGUGUCACGGAGCAGUGAGCCAAUGAGCAGCCCAGUCCAGCCACGGAAAAGGAAGCUGACUACAGACAACCCAGCAGUCCCGGACACAGUGACCACUGUCACUGCUACCGAAGAGGACAAAGAGUCAGAAGCAGAGAUUGAAGUAGAAACCCGGGAGGAAUGUAAGUUCACCUCAUCCCUGUCCUCGCUCUCCUCCCCAUCCUUUACUUCAUCCAGCUCUGCGAAGGACAUGAGCUCACCUGGCAUGCAAACCAUGGCCACUGUCAGCAACUCUUUUGAAGUUGCCACCCAUGCUGAGUCUCACAGCAGCGGAUUGGAAGCUGAACUGGAGCAUCUAAGGCAGGCCCUGGACAGUGGCCUGGAUACUAAAGAAGCCAAAGAGAAAUUCCUCCAUGAAGUGGUUAAAAUGAGAGUGAAGCAGGAGGAGAAGCUAAAUGCUGCCUUGCAGGCUAAACGAAGCCUGCACCAGGAGCUGGAGUUCCUGCGUGUGGCUAAGAAGGAGAAGCUGAGAGAGGCAACCGAGGCAAAGCGCAACUUGAGGAAAGAGAUCGAACGUCUUAGAGCUGAGAACGAGAAGAAAAUGAAAGAAGCCAAUGAGUCGCGGAUACGACUAAAGCGGGAACUGGAGCAAGCCAGGCAGAUCCGGGUGUGUGACAAAGGAUGUGAAGCGGGCAGGCUGCGGGCCAAGUACUCUGCCCAGAUUGAGGACCUACAGGUUAAGCUUCAGCAUGCCGAGGCUGACAGGGAACAGCUCCGAGCUGACCUGCUGCAUGAGAGGGAGGCUCGGGAACACUUGGAAAAAGUGGUCAAGGAACUUCAGGAACAACUGUGGCCUAAAUCAAGCAAUCAUCCCAGCAGUGAGAACACAGCAAACGACACUGAGAACUAACGUCCGAUCUAGAAACAGAAUGA